AUGGGUACAGAGCGUUGUACUAUUGCCAGAGCGUUAGCUUACAUUCUCUUCCUCUCCAUCUUCGUAGUAUCAGCCCAGUCGGUGAAAUAUGAGGAUUGUGAGGCCACUAUGUGUAGCAAGAGUGGUCCGACCAUAAGCUAUCCCUUUUAUGUUGCUGGAAGUGGGCAAGAGCUUUGUGGCUACCCUGGCUUCAAGGUUAGAUGUGAAGGAGGGGAAAUUAUGUAUGGCAGCUUCCUCAUCCGAAGCAUCUUUUAUGAGAAGCAAUCCUUUCGGUUAGCAACUCGGUAUAUGAAUGACACCGGUUGCUUCGUUCCUCAUCCUUACACCUCUUAUCACUAUAAUCUCUUCCACAAAUCCAGUUCACAUUAUUACCUAAAGUUCUUCUAUGGCUGCACUGAUACAUUUUCUACAGACAUGCCUCAAUCUCGGCUAAGUUGCACUUCUGAUCAAUUAAAUUACACGUUUGUUGUACUAACGCAUGGGGAAGAGUGGCCACAGCAGAAAAUUGGAUCCUGUCAUUCAUACAGUAGAGUACCUGUUGAACUGAAGGAGGGAAUCCCCAUCCCAACCAUAAAUAGUGUUGACUACAGGGAGCUCCUGAAGGAUGGGUUCGCAUUGAACUGGACAUUGUUGACCAAUAAGGGUUGUGCCCAGUGCAUACAUAGUGGAGGCCGAUGUGGCAGAGCAAAUGACAAAGACUUUGUUUGCUAUUGCUCAGAUGGAUCUAGUCGCGAAAAUUGUGAUGCUGAUGCCUCAUUCUGUGGGGCGGGUGCUGUUGCAGUGGUUCUAGCUUAUAUUUGUAAACAAAGAUAUUGCAAUCAGAAAUCCAUGGUCCCAUGGAGCAUGAAGAUGAAUAGGUUUGAUAAAUUUGAGGAUGUUUUCGAAAAUCAGGGUAUGUCAAUUCCGAGAAGAUAUUCUUAUGCCGAGAUCAAGAGAAUGACCAACUCAUUCAAAGAAAAGCUCGGCCAAGGAGGCUAUGGUUCUGUGUACAAAGGCAAUCUCCCAAAUGGUCGUCUUGUGGCAGUGAAGAUCCUAAGCAAAUUAAGAGGAGAUGGUGAAGAAUUCAUCAAUGAGGUAAACAGUAUAAGCAGAACUUCCCAUGUCAACAUUGUUAAUCUGCUAGGUUUUUGCUUUCAUGAAACCAACAGGGCUCUUGUCUAUGAGUUUAUGGUCAAUGGAUCUCUGGAGAAAUUCAUAUAUGAAGAGAACUAUAGUAAGCUAGGUCACUGCCACCUCGGAUGGGACACCUUGUACCAAAUCUCCCUAGGCAUUGCUCAGGGUCUUGAAUACUUGCACCGAGGCUGCAACUCAAGAAUAUUACACUUUGACAUAAAGCCACACAACAUUCUUCUUGAUGAAAAUUAUCGCCCCAAGAUCUCCGAUUUUGGCCUUGCAAAAAUAUGCCAUCGAGAUGAGAGCACCAUCUCACUAUUUGGUGCACGAGGGACCGUAGGGUUUAUCGCCCCAGAAGUGUUUUGCAGGAACAUUGGUGUAGUAUCUCACAAAUCGGAUGUGUACAGCUUUGGGAUGACAGUGCUCGAGAUGGUUGGUGGGAGGAGAGACACAAUGGCAAGUGCCGAUCGAACUAGCGAAGUAUACUUUCCACAUUGGAUUCACAAGCGUCUUGAACUUCAGGAAGAAUUUGGACUACCGAAUAUUGUGAAUGAAGGAGAUUGUGAGAAGGCUAGGAAGAUGAUAAUAGUGAGCUUGUGGUGAAUACAGACCGAUCCUUCAAAUAGGCCAACAAUGAGUGAGGUGGUGGAUAAGUUAAGAGGUGGUGUUGACUGUUUGCAAGUUCCUCCCAAGCCCUAUUUGUCUUCUCCAUCAAGAUCAUCACCAUCCACUUCAAUGUCCAUGAUUAUGUGAAACAUAGUUUGGCAAGAAUACAUUUAUAAGUAAGAGCUUUAAAUUCAAUGCAAUGAGCUGUCUCUAAGUUCAA